AUGUUAAAACGACGAACUUCAAAACGUUUCGUGCUGGGAGACUCCACCAGCGAAGAUGCAUCGGCUUACGAGAAUGAUGAGGUCACUGAAACUUUGCCCAGCAAUUUGAAGUUUCAAAUGACAUUAGAAGCUGAACCUGAAAUUGGAAAACAGGAGGAGAAGCCGAAGGCCAAAGAAGAUGGACAGUUAUUGCGUUUGCCAAACGCUACAUUGACGCCGUCUAUGUCCCAAGGCACCGUGAUACACAGCCAGCGAUUCCAAGAGAAGGACUUCACGAUCGCCACGCCUGAAGAGUUUGUGAGGCGAUUCCAGGGGACCAAACCCAUUAACAAGGUAUUAAUAGCGAACAACGGUAUUGGAGCUGUAAAAUGUAUGCGAUCGAUCCGAAGAUGGUCUUACGAGAUGUUCAAGAACGAACGCGCUGUCCGCUUUGUCGUUAUGGUAACACCAGAAGAUUUAAAAGCCAAUGCGGAGUACAUAAAGAUGGCGGAUCACUACGUGCCUGUUCCUGGGGGUUCAAACAACAACAACUAUGCCAACGUGGAGCUUAUUGUGGAUAUUGCUGUCAGGACUCAGGUUCAGGCCGUUUGGGCAGGUUGGGGCCACGCUUCAGAGAACCCAAAGCUCCCUGAACUCCUGCACCGCGCUGGGGUGGUCUUUAUAGGGCCUCCAGAAAAAGCCAUGUGGGCACUUGGUGAUAAAAUCGCCAGUUCCAUCGUCGCUCAGACUGCUGACAUCCCUACUUUGCCAUGGAGUGGAAGUGAACUAAAAGCAGAAUACAAUACCAAGAAGAUCAAGAUAUCAUCCGAAUUAUUCGCCAAAGGCUGCGUAACCUCACCAGAACAGGGUCUACAGGCUGCGCAUAAAAUUGGCUUCCCUGUCAUGAUCAAGGCGUCUGAAGGUGGUGGUGGCAAGGGUAUCCGGAAAGUGGAGAACCCUGAUGACUUCCAUAACAUGUUUCGACAGGUGCAAGCGGAAGUACCCGGCUCGCCAAUCUUCGUGAUGAAGCUAGCGAAAUCAGCCCGCCAUUUGGAAGUGCAACUUCUGGCCGACCAGUACGGCAACGCCAUAUCAUUGUUCGGAAGAGAUUGUUCCAUCCAGCGACGACAUCAGAAGAUCAUAGAAGAGGCGCCUGCUGCUGUCGCUAAGCCAGACGUUUUCAUCGAGAUGGAGAAAGCCGCAGUUCGUCUAGCAAAAAUGGUAGGCUAUGUGAGUGCAGGAACAGUGGAGUACCUGUACGAUCCGUCCACUGGUUCGUAUUAUUUCCUGGAGUUGAAUCCUCGUCUGCAAGUGGAACAUCCCUGCACGGAGAUGGUUGCUGACGUUAAUUUACCUGCUGCUCAAUUGCAGAUAGCCAUGGGGCUGCCUCUCUAUCAAAUCAAAGACAUCCGCUUGCUGUAUGGCGAGUCGCCGUGGGGCAUGACACAGAUAGACUUCGACGAGCCGAAGCAACGCCCGUCGCCGUGGGGACACGUUAUUGCAGCGCGUAUCACAUCAGAGAACCCAGACGAAGGUUUCAAACCCUCCUCGGGCACCGUUCAAGAGUUGAACUUCAGGUCUUCAAAGAAUGUGUGGGGCUACUUCAGCGUGGCAGCGUCGGGUGGUCUUCACGAGUUCGCUGACUCGCAAUUCGGCCAUUGUUUUUCUUGGGGAGAGACCAGGGAACAGGCUAGGGAAAACCUAGUAAUAGCUCUAAAAGAGCUUAGUAUCCGCGGUGACUUCCGAACGACAGUGGAGUACCUGAUAACGUUGCUUGAGACGGCCGCAUUCCAGGACAACAACAUCGAUACUAGUUGGCUUGACGCGCUCAUUGCCGAGAGGGUACAAUCGGAGAAGCCGGACAUAAUGUUGGGUGUUAUUUGUGGUUCCAUCCUUAUUGCAGACAGCAUCAUCACCACGCAUUUCCACGAGUUCAAGAGUGCUCUCGAAAAGGGCCAAAUCCAAGGGUCUAGUACGCUCUCUAACUGUGUGGAUGUGGAGCUCAUUCACAGCGGUUACAAAUAUAAAGUGCAAGCUACGAAAUCGGGACCAACAUCUUAUUUUGUUGCUAUGAAUGGGAGCUUUAAGGAAUUGGAGGUUCAUAAACUGGCUGACGGCGGUACUCUUCUAUCAGUGGACGGAGCAUCCUUUACAACCUAUCUUAAAGACGAAGUGGAUAAAUACCGUAUCGUCAUCGGAAACCAAACUGUCGUAUUUGAAAAAGAGAAGGACCCUUCGAAACUUAGAGCGCCUUCUGCUGGAAAACUUGUCAAUACGCUUCUUGAGGAUGGUGGACAUGUUGAUAAGGGGCAGCCUUACGCUGAGAUUGAGGUAAUGAAAAUGAUCAUGACUCUAUCUGCUCCUGAGUCUGGUAAAGUAACUUGGAACCUACGUCCUGGUGCUGUUUUGGAUAUGGGCUCUCUUAUUGGAACUCUGGAACUGGACGACCCGACACUAGUAACUACAGCGCAGCCCUACAAAGGGCAGUUUUCUUUGGAAGACAACCCGCCUGUGUCCGAGAAGCUGAACCACGCGCACAACAAGUUUAGGUCUAUAUUGGAAAACACUCUUGCUGGGUAUUGCCUCCCCGAGCCGUACAACACGCCGCGCCUGCGCGAGGUGGUCGAGAAAUUCAUGCAGAGCUUAAGGGAUCCGUCAUUGCCUUUACUCGAGCUGCAGGAGGUACUGUCGUCAACUUCAGGCCGCAUCCCGAUCUCGGUAGAGAAGAAAGUGCGCAAACUCAUGGCCUUGUAUGAACGGAAUAUCACCAGCGUUCUGGCGCAGUUCCCCAGUCAACUGAUCGCUAGUGUCAUUGAUCAUCACGCGGCGUCGCUGCCAAAGAGAGCCGACAGAGAUGUGUUCUUCAUGAGCACCCAAGCGCUCGUUCUUUUAGUGCAGAGAUACAGGAACGGCAUCCGUGGAAGAAUGAAGACGGCUGUCCACGAUUUGCUCAAGCAAUACUACCAGGUCGAAAGCAAUUUCCAGUUGGGAUCAUACGAUAAAUGCGUAAUGGCGCUCCGAGAUCGUUACAAGGAUGAUAUGCAAGCCGUCGCUAACAUCAUCUUCUCUCACAAUCAAGUAGCUAAGAAAAAUUUAUUGGUCACUCUUUUGAUCGACCACCUGUGGUCCAACGAACCGGGUCUGACCGAUGAACUGGCUGCUACAUUGAACGAACUUACGUCCCUGCAUCGUGCUGAACACAGCCGCGUCGCUUUGAGAGCUAGACAGGUGCUAAUAGCAGCGCAUCAACCCGCCUACGAACUGCGCCACAACCAGAUGGAGUCCAUCUUCCUGUCGGCAGUUGACAUGUACGGACAUGACUUCCAUCCUGAGAACCUGCAGAAGCUAAUCCUGUCCGAGACAUCAAUAUUUGACAUAUUGCAUGAUUUCUUCUACCACACUAAUGCUGCGGUUUGUAAUGCUGCUCUUGAAGUGUACAUCCGUCGCGCCUACACCUCAUACGACAUAAGCUGUCUGCAGCAUCUAGCACUUUCCGGGGAGCUGGGCGUCGUGCACUUCCAGUUCUUGCUGCCUACUGGACAUCCCAACAGAAUACCCAUCAGCCAAUCGGAGAUUGAGCUGGCCUCAGCCCAGGACGUAGAAGGCAUCCCGGCCGAGUUGAGUUCGGCUGCGAUGCGCAAAUGUCACUUCCGAACGGGUGCUUUGGCCGCGUUCGACUCGUUCGAUGAAUUCGUACAAUACGCCGACGAACUACUGGAUUUGGUUCACGAUUUCGCGUCAAACGCGUAUGUGAGACGAGAGGAUCUUCAAGCGUUGCAAGAGGGCAGCGAGAGCCGUGAUAGUACAAGCAUAAACGUCGGUGCCGACUACAAGCAAAUCGUGGAAGAUGAAGUGCCCUUCGAGCCGAUUCACAUCUUGAUGAUCGGCGUGCGCGACAGCGGCGAGAGCGACGACGCGGCCGUGUCGCGCCGCUUCGGCAACUUCUGUCGCGCGCACCGCCACGAGCUGCACAAGAAGCGCAUACGCCGCAUCACGUUCAUGCUGUUGAUCAAGUUAGACAAGCUGAGCACCGUGCCGAUAAUGCGCGUGAGCGACCCGGUGGACCGGCCGGUGGAGUGGGUGCCCCCCCGCGCCGCGCACGACCCCCGCCUCAUGCUCACGGGCGACGGCGCCAGGGCCGGCUUCUUCGACGCGGGCAGCUUCGACGAGGUCAUGAAGCCGUGGGCGCAGACGGUCAUUACCGGUCGAGCGCGCCUCGGGGGUAUUCCAGUCGGUGUGAUAGCCGUGGAAACUCGUACAGUGGAGCUGACCCUGCCAGCUGAUCCUGCCAACUUGGAUUCUGAAGCAAAGACCUUACAGCAGGCGGGACAAGUCUGGUUCCCUGAUUCAGCGUACAAGACUUCUCAGGCCAUCAACGAUUUUUCUCGGGAGAACUUACCGAUUAUGAUCUUCGCUAAUUGGAGAGGAUUCAGCGGUGGACAGAAAGACAUGUACGAGCAGAUCCUGAAGUUCGGCGCCGAGAUCGUGCGCGCGCUGCGCGGUGCCACGGCGCCCGUGCUGGUGUACGUGCCGCCGGGAGCCGAAGUGCGCGGCGGCGCCUGGGCCGUCAUCGACCCCAGUGUCAACGCCACGCGCAUGGAGAUGUACGCCGACCCCGAGGCCAGAGGCGGAGUACUUGAAGCAGAAGGCAUCGUCGAAGUGAAAUACAAACAACGGGAUAUACUGAAGACCAUGCACAGAAUGGACCCAGAGCUGCUGAGGUUGGGAGCCAGGAUAACAGAAUUAAAAGACCAAAUCAAAGAGCUAUCGAAACAAUUAGACCGCCGCGGGUCCAUAGACGACGCACUCAUUCGCACCGAGGCAGGUAAAAAAGCGGAAACCAAAGUACGAGAACUAGAAACAGAGCUGUUAGCCGCAGAAAAGACUGCCAAAGCCAGAGAAAAGGAGCUCAGUCCUAUAUACCACGAGAUUGCCGUUCAAUUCGCCGAACUACACGACACAGCCGAAAGAAUGUUGGAAAAAGGCUGUAUAUUUGACAUAAUCCCGUGGCGGACGUCGCGGCGCGUGCUGUACUGGCGCCUGCGCCGCCUGCUGCGCCAGAACGAGCAGGAGCGGCGCGUGCAGGCCGCGGGCGCGCUCAGCCCCGCCGACGCCAUGGACCAGGGCGCCGCCGCCGCCACGCUGCGGCGCUGGUUCACGGAGGACCGCGGCGAGACCAUGUCCCACCAGUGGGAGCUCGACAACGAAGCUGUGUGCAACUGGCUUGAAAACCAAGCUCAAGACGACAACUCUCUGCUCAACAGAAACCUGAGAGCCAUCAAGGAAGAUUCGGUUUUACAGGCUGUUAACAGUCUAGUUAUGGAAUUAACAUCAGCACAACGCGCCGAGUUCAUUCGCAAAAUAUCCGCACUAGACCUUGAAUAGAUAAUCACUUAGCUUUACGCAUACUGAUCGGUAAAGUUAACUUCAGAUGACAAAUUAACAGGGAACUCUCUAGCAUAAAUUGAUAUUUAAAAGCAAUCCUUGACUUUAACCUCCUAUGAUCCAGUUAACUAGAACGGAAAACUUUUUUUAUCUAGCUCGCAAUUUAGUAUGUUGUUGGAAUUGAAAGACCAAAUGCAGUAACUUUGUGGCAAUAUUUCAAUACUUAAGUCCAGUAAUGGAUUUGGAAUUUGACCUUUCGUGCUGAACAUCAAGCAGUCUUUUAAGCUACACGACAGAGUAUCUAAGUGCAGAGAAAUAAUUGCGUUUUAUCCAUUGACUUACAAUUAUAUGGACGUGGGGUCCGCGCUAAAAAGUGUCCGAACUUAUAGGGCG